ACCAACCUUGUGUGUACCUGGACUUGGAUGGAAAAUGGAGGUCUGCUUUUUGCGAUCAGACCAUGAACAGUGUGUGUAUUCAGUCUACAGAUGUGGCACCAACAGAAUCAACCAAGUUCCCCGGAGUUUGCCCGGAAGAGAGUGUACAGUACCACCAGAGCUUUUCCUGGCUGCCAUUCAGGGGCUACUGUUAUUUGUUUGUCACAGAGGAGAGUGAAUGGGCAAAUGCAGCUAGCAGUUGUGUACGGCAUGGUGGAGUGCUGGCUAGCAUUGAAGAUCCCUCUGAGCAACAGUUCCUCAAAAGCAACGUGGAAAUAUUUCUAGACAGCCACAGCUCGUUCUGGAUCGGCCUGUAUAAAACUCAUAAAGGGACAUGGUUGUGGUUGGAUAAAACCAUCAUGGACUACACCAACUGGGCUGAAGCUGAGCCCGAUUCGGAAUUUGGAAGUAUCGGAACCUCAGGUGGGACUUGGCGAUCAGGUCGCAGAUGGCAUGAUUGA